CCCCUUUUCAAACAACAAAACAACUAACUCUGCUAUCGAUCCAAACGUUCUUGAGCAUCUUCUCGUCCGAUUGUUUGUUACUUGUUCUCUGUCUUUACAUUUGGUUCAAUGCGAUUCUUAGUCUCUGCUCCCAACUGUCGACGAGCACAGCUCACUCAUUUCAGCACGCUUGAGCAGGGAUUUGACACCAUCUAUAGCCGCGCUCGAUUAAAUUGUCCAUUCAAAUGCGAGAACUGUGGAAUGCGCUUUCCAACAAGGGGCAAAUUGCACUAGGCAUGGUACAACUCUGGCAUCUGCCAGCGAGAGUAUCAAAUAUGGUGGUGGCAAUGACGGGUCCCCUGCUCGCAUGUGAAGUACCAUUUUUCCCUACUCACAAUCCACUCUAUCCGAGCUUCCCGAACGAAUCAGGUCAUUUUGCACAGUUCCUCGAAUCGUGAUAGUUGCUAACAGAUG